AAUUUGGCCGAGUCUGCAAAGGACAAGGAUUUCGACUCCACUUGUUCAAUCCACAGGCAGACACCACUGCAGAAUGGAGGACGAGCUUCCACGUUUCACCGGAUCUUCCACAGACUAUAGCUUUUUAAAGAAGCCAAUUUUUCUUGAUGCCCUACAUAGAAUUUGGUAAUUUGUGAAAUAAGUAUCAAUAUGAAAUCUGCAAUCUUCGCUUUCCUUGUUGUAGCACUUUGCACUGUCGCUAUCCAAGCUUCUCCUCUUGAAGACACUUUAGAUGCUUUUAUGCGAGGUGGUUACCAAGCACCUAGCCACGCACCAAGUCCCGGCUGUUGCAAAUUGAGCUGUCAAUACACUCAGAUUUGUGAACAAGUGGUCCAGACUCAGCAAGUUAUUCAGACUCAACAAGUUAUUCAGACCCAACAAGUUAUUCAGACUCAACAGGUUGUCCAAAGUCAACAAGUUUCAUCAGCAUACGGACGAAAUGAGGUUUCAAGAGGUGGAUAUUCUUCCCAAUCGGUAGCUCCUGCUCCAGCACCUUCUUGUGUUUCUGUCCCAGUAAAAUGCUGUAUCGAAUGCUCCUCUUGCUACCAGCAAGUAUCUCCAAUUUCUACUCCCGUACAAGUUUCUCCUUCACAGCAAGUCUAUCAAACACAACAAGUUUCAUCGCAAUCAGCAUAUUAAGCGAGAUGUAAAGGGAUAUGGGCCAAUGUGCCCAAUACUUACAAAGAAAUAAAUGUGUCUUUUGUAGCAAUCACUCAUGGAACUUUUGUUCUUAAAUGAUGCCUAGUUACAUUCAUAAAACGAAAGUUUCACUA